AGAUUAUGAUUGAUGCGAAGCAUGAGAAGCAGCAUCUAUUUUCUAGUUUAUUGGAUGCUGUGAAACAAUGUCAAAUUCGGUUUGGUGGUCGUCAAGAGCUAGCAACCGAAACAGACGUUCGGGUAUCCAACUUAUGUGCGCGCUACGAAACUGUUCUGCAGCAUGGUUUUAGACGAAGCAUAACCAGUAACGCACCGUUCAGAAACGUAACGUCCGGCCUCUGGAGAGAUCCUGACGUAUUAGUCUUUUGGAUCCUUGUCAAAGACUUGCUGAGCAAGCAUGAAUGUGAGCGGUACAUGUGUCUUCAAAACAUUAAAUCGGAUGUUGGAAGGGGGAGAGCGUGGCUUCGAUCUGCUUUGAACGAGCGAUUCCUUGAACGCAGUCUGAUCGGAUUAUUGCAUAAUGAAGCGAAAUUGGAGGAGUACUACGAGCCGUGGUCAUUACUUCGCGACGAAGAAAUAAACUCCAUGCUUCCGACAACAGCUGCAGGUCUUGGAUCUAUUUUGUUCGCCAUUGCGAUCGACAGAGAUGAUUUAAAUUCCAUGCCACUGCAUAUGACGCCUUGCGGAAUCAGCGUUUCCGCGGAUCAGAGUGCAACGGAUCCUGAGCCUGUGUUUGCCACAUCGCUUAAGACAAUGGCUGUGAAGAAAUCUCGGAAAAAGAAACUGCACGCAAAUCACGUGAUUCUCAGUGACGACGACGUAGAAGGAAAAACUGUAACUCUUGCAGUACCCAUCCCCUGCGCGAGAAUCAGAACCCCAUCAGACACUGCAGCGAGUGAAAAUAGUGGCUCUGGUUUCCUUGGCUCAUCUCCUCAAAGUUUUAAUUCUGACUACCAGAAUCCUUGUCGAUUGGAAGAUUCUGGGAAAUUUUUGGAUAUCAUAUCUACAUCUCUCCCGGAGACAUCACCGAUUGCAGAAGCUGGUGUUUCUGUUGCCUCUCACGCUCUCACUCCAGUAACAGAACCGUCCAUAGGAGAACUCAUUCCAGUUUUUGAUGCCCCCAGCAGUGAUGUUGAUGUUUCUUGUACGAGGGAACCGAAGGAAGAGCAUAAGCGGAAUCUACCGGAUGAGCUUGAAAUGGAUUCCGGAGAACUGCGAAGAACACUCUUCUCCGUUCUGUCGAGAAACACUGAUCUGGAAACUGAGGUAGAGCGUUUAAAACAGGAUCUGAGAGUGGAGAUGGAGAAAACGUCGACGUUAAUGGUUGAAAUUGUUGAGUUGAAGCGACGAUCUGCGGAAAAAGCUGAUAAGGCAGAGUUGAAGCUCAGCACAUCCAUGAGAGAAAAUUCAUUGUUGAAGCAGCAAUUGAAGAAAUACGUCGGCGCGGUGCAGCUUUUGCGGAAUCGAGAAAACGGGUUUAAUGCACCGGAUGUUUUGGAAUCUCUGGAAACCGCUCCUUCGGCCUUGCCAGCGAUUCCCCACAACCAACGACUGGAGACACGCCGAGAAGCUGCCGAUUAUGAACAGAAAUUGAUCCAAGUAGCUGAAAUGCACGGAGAACUGAUGGAGUUCAACGAACGCUUGCAAAGAACUCUUCGUGCCCGAGAGACUGUGAUUGCUAGACUGCAAGAAGAACUGGUGGACCUAAGGGGUCCAUUACCUGAUAGUCUACACUUGUCAGAGGACGACGAUGCUAGUUCGGUUUCUGAUUUCGACAACUCCUCGUUGUCGGCUGCGUCGAGAGUGUUAAUCAACAUCUGGAUUCCGUCUGUGUUUCUCACCGGCGGUGGUUCGGAUACGCAUCACGUGUAUCAGGUUUAUUUGCGUAUCCGAGAUACGGAGUGGAACGUGUUUCGGCGCUACUCGCAGUUUUUUGUUAUGCAUAAGAGCCUCUGUAAACAGGAUCCGAUUUUGAACACCUUCGACUUUCCGCCGAAGAAGGCUAUCGGCAAUCGGGAUGCCAAGUUCGUGGAAGAACGGCGACGACGAUUGCAGCAUUACGUGCGCUGCAUUGUGAAUUUCAUGGUGCAAAAUAAUCCAGUGUUGGGUAGCAAUCCUGAUAAGGAAACGCUGGUUCGAUUCCUGCCAUUUUUCAAGGAGCAUGCUAAUAUGGAGGUCAAGAAACGUCCAGGAAGAUCGUUCUUUCGUCGCAAGCCGGAGAGAACUGCGUCUGCUUCUCAAAGAAUAUACACUGGACUAUGAUCCUCAGAGCUUGCUGUGAUUUUGCGGAGUAUUUCGGAAUUUCCCUUAUUGAUCGAGUGCUAAUUGUCCUCACCUAGCUGGAACAAACUCAAGAAAGGUCGUUUGAACGAUGGCGAACACGAGAAUAAUCUCAUUUGUGCGUUAUUACCUGUGCUUUAAAUUUGAAAGAUCCUCGAUCGGUAGGAUUGUUAUCUGCAAUAAAGUUCCGCCUCACAGAAAGCUUUAGAAAUGAAAGCUUAGGUGCGAGAAACUAGCUUCGCUCAGGGAUUAUAUGAACAGUGUUUUGAGUACAGAGGAUAAACAUGCUUGUUUACGAUGUCUAAGAAGCGUCCCCUGUUCAUGAAUAUUCUCCCUCAUGUUGUGGGCAUUCCAAUAGUUACGUUCUUUUGUGAGAGAAAAAAAUGAAAACAAGACUUGUUUCGUGGAA